GCACAUUUGUGACGUCAUGCUGGCGCGUCUGUGUUGAAGGCGCGCUAUGUGUGUGCUGUGAUGUCUGCAUUCCUCGAAGUUCUUGCUUCUUUGCUGGAUAUCUCUUUGUUACAAUAAAAGAAAAAGUAUUUGAAGCUUUGAAAAUGUGGAUAUUGAGCCCCCUGCAGAAUGGAGGUGAAACCCACUAUCUGCUCUGCGGUAGAGAAUAUGUGGUGGGCCGCAAGAACUGUGACAUCCUUCUUCCGAGUGACCAGUCCAUCAGCAGAGCUCACGCUCACCUGACUGCGACUGACCAGACCCUCACUCUUACAGACUCCUCCAAGUACGGCACGUUUGUCAGGGACGAGCGUGUGACAUCACCCGUGACCCUAAUGUCGGGGGACGAAGUCACAUUUGGGGUUUUUCAUAGCAAAUUCAGAGUGAUCGAGCAGAAGCUUGUGGUGUGCUCAUCAUGCUUGGACAAUGACGGGAAGGCUUCUCUAACUCGGGCGCUGGGGGGUUUAGGUGGGAGGUUGGUGAACUCGUGGAGUCUGGACUGCACCCACCUGGCCAUGCCCACAGUUAAAGUGACCAUCAAGACCAUCUCAGCUUUGCUGUGCUGCUGUCCCAUCGUGAAGCCAGAGUUCUUCUCAGAGCUCUACAACGCAGUGCAGCAAAAACGUCCACCUCCUAAACCUGAGAGCUUCACUCCUGAGAUCGACGAGCCCGUCUUGAGUGACGCAAAAGUUAAUCUUGGAGCGGUCUCAGCUCGUAAAGAGCUGUUCAAUGGAAAGACCUUCAUUUUCCUUAGUGCCAAGCAGCUGAAGCGCCUAAGUGGAGCGGUGAGGUUUGGCGGUGGAAGCAGCCAGCUGCUGGAGGAGGGAGCGCUGCCAUACAACCUGCUGCAGUCUAAAAACACCUGCGUGGUCGACGUUCUGACAGCCAGCUCCCAAAGUUUACUACCAGCUUCCAUCACAGAGUGGGCAAACUCUGUAAAGGAUGUCCUUGCAAGGAAAGGUCUUCGAGUCAUCCCAGAGUCAGAAAUUGGUUUGGCUGCUAUCUAUGCUUCCUGUGAUCAGUACUGUAACCCAUCCUGUCCAGUACCAGACUCAGAUUCUGCACCAAAAGUGACUCCCAGAAUUCCGAGUGCUUCGCUGUCACAGAGUGUAACUGUGGAUGAGACCGUUCUCCCUGCAGCGUCUCAGAACAUCACAGCUUACGCUGUCAACACAGAACCCUCACAAAGGAAAGAGGUUUGUGAAAUUACUGGAGUGGGAGUGGCAGUGGAAGAAACUCAGGAGAAAAAAGAAGUCCAGAACAGCAGAUACUUCUCUAAAUCCAAGCUUUCAGCUCACACAGCAAUCCCUCAGUUUGUUGUUCCUGAAACAAUGCCCUCAACUUUCAACAACACUGACUCUUUAAAGAAGAAUCGCCACUCCAAGGCGAAAGGUGAAGACCAUGCAGAUGUCAGACCUCAGCCGUCUGCAUCCAGGACCAGUGCUGGUACACGGUCCGUCCUCCAUAAACAAUCCCCUCAGAAGCCAAAAACCUCUCCGCAGACGUCCCCACAGAAACAGAUGACACUGACCAACUUCUUUCAGUCUGUCAACAAAAAAAGAUCUUUGGAGGACGAGCCCUCGGCUGUAACGUCAGAGCCAAAGCGGGCUGCAACAGAAACAUCCACCGCCGAGCAGGCCCAGAACGCCUCACUACCACUCAGAGCCCCCAAAGCUCUGCCCCAGACUCCAGCUCUGUUGGACGUUCACUCAAAGAAACCGCAGAGCAGAAAGAGGAAGGAGUUGGAGAUCGAGCUGGAAGAGCUGGAGUCCAUUAUGUCUGAAGACAUGGAUUUGUUUGAUGGUGAGAUUUCAACCAGUCAAGACCAGCAAGAGGAGCCAAAAGCCAAAACUUCUGCAAAACAGAAAGAAAAUCUGCAGGAUGGGAAUCCUUCAAGCAAGCGUCAGCGGAUCCACCUAGAAAAAAACGGAAUGAACUCACCAGACAUCUACAGUGAACAGAACAAUGUCUCCAAAACAUCAAAGCUUCUUCAGCUACCAGACUUCCCGAGCGAACAUCAGGAGUCGGAGAAACCUCCUGAAACAUCUCAAUCCAGCACAACAGAAGAAAUGAAGCAGUUGGAAGAGGGGGAAGGAUCGUUCGUUGAGGACGCCGAAUUACUGGAAAUCGAUAUUUGCCAGCCUGAAAAGGAAACUCCAGCUAAAAAACCUGUCGCUAUCAAGCAGGAGGUGGAAGAAUCUAAAAUCGAUGAGGACCUUCCUAAGAAGCUGCUUCUGGUGGAGUUCAGAUCUCUGAUGGUAUCAACAUCCCCGAAAAUCAAACCCAAACCCACGCAGCAGAACAGCCAUGCCAAGAACUUCAAAUGUUUCCGCAAGAGGCAGACUCCAGGUGUUGGCAGCACCCCCAUCAUCGGAGGAUCCGAUUUGUUGGUUCAUAACCGGGGCAAGAACACUGAUCUGGAUGAAUGGCUGAGAGAUGCAGUGGAGGAGGAGCAUCAGAACCAGCAGGAUGAAUGGAUGGGAGAUGACUUGUUCAGGUACAACCCUACCAAGCUGAGCAGGAGAAGAUGAUGGCCUUCGUCCUGAAACACUUUCGUCCUAAACGUCACUGCGAGUGUUUCUGAAAAUGCACCUUAAAAAUAUAUCUUUUCUUUUCAGAAGUAUGGUGAAUUUAGCUUGAAAUGAUGUCACUGACAGCUUGAAAUGUAACAAAUCAGUCUCACGUUUAGAUGUUUUUUUUUGCUGAAGUCUUUAUUUAUCGUUAAUAAAAAAUAGACCAUACAAAAACAGUAAAAACUCCCAGCUCCACAUUCUUCUUAGAGACUCACAGUAUGUUCCCUGGUUUCAGCAGAACUACGGAUUUGAGAGGGAUUCAAGUUUUUUCCUAAAUAUUUUUUCUCUUAAGCGACCAUCAGUGAGCCAACUUUCAGGCACUUUUCCACAUCUGAGCAGUUCACAUUACUAGUUGCCACUCAUCUAGCGGCCUUUUUGAAGGCUUCUCCAUCGUAUUCACAUGUUUAGGAGUUAGCAUUCAGCAAGGUCUGUGCAGUAAGCAAAGUUGGCUUUAUUCUUUAUGGGCUGCAGAAUCAAACUGACCGUUUUCAAAUUUACCACUAAAUCAGAUCAAUACUCAACUAACAGCAUGACAAAAUCAAAUAAAACUUCAUUUUAUCUAAGCGGUAUUUCACAGCUGUUUCUUGUAUUUCUACUUUUAAGUAUAGCAACAAAAAAUAUAUAUUUUUUAAUAAAAUCCACCAUUUCCCUUGUAGCUCUUUGACAUCCUCUGCUCAUAGCAGCUGUGGUAGGCUCAUGCCUACAUGCAUACAUUUGAUAUUUAUAUCCAAACAAUAUUCAGUACAGAGUGGGGAGAAAAAAGUCAAAUUAUGCUUAAUCCAAAGUUAACUAUCAACUAAAUAAAUGACAAAACUCAAAAACAUACAGCUCUCAAAUAUUUGGUUAGUGGAAUACUAAUAGGACUGCACAGCAUAUAUACUUUUUGUGAUGCAGUAUCCCAAGCACAGGCAUGUAUUUUGGCAAAAAAAAACAAACAAAGCAUAAGAUGUAUGUGAGCAACACAUCCUUUACAUGUAUGGCAAAUAUAGUGUUCAAAUCCCUGCUUAAGGAAGUAGAAUGAGGAAGAAAUAGAGAAUGAAGUCACCUGUGAAUGUUUGGCUCCUGUUUGUCCUGAAGAAAAAUAAAGUUGUAUUCCUAUAA